AUGGACACCUGGGUAGAGGAUCAUCACCAGUCCGGCUUUUCAGUGCAAAACCUCCCUUAUGGUAUAUUUAGCGCUCCAGAGAGGGACCGACGCAUUGGUGUCGCCAUCGGACGUCAUAUUCUCGAUUUGAAGGUUCUAGCCGAGAAAGGGACUUUUGCUGCCCUUGACAUCGAUAAAACUACGCUUGAGGAGCAGACAUUGAACAGAUACGCCGCUCUGGGCCAGGGAGUGCACCGCAAAGUGCGGGCUUUCUUGCAGAGCAUCCUCCGGGCAGAUACCUCGCUUGGGCGUUUUUUGCGCGAUGAUGCCGCGCUGAAGAAAGAAGCCCUUGUCCCAAGGCAGAAAGCCGAGAUGCAUCUCCCCUUUGACAUUGGUGACUAUACAGACUUCUUUACCAGCCCCUACCAUGCUCAAAAUGUCGGUGCACUGCGGCCCCGUCCUUUGCCUGGAACUCAGCCACCUGAGAGUAUGUAUAAUAUGCCUCUUGGCUACCAUGGGCGCAGUUCCUCGGUCGUGGUGUCAGGCACACCUGUUCGUCGACCGCGUGGCCAAUUUCUCGUGAACGAGGCGCCAGCAUUCGGGCCCAGCCAAAAAUUGGACUUCGAAGUUGAGUUUGCUGCUUUCAUUGGGAAAGGGAACGAACAUGGUAUUGCUAUUCCGGUAGUCGAGGCGGAAGAGCAUAUCUUUGGCGUUGUGCUUAUGAACGAUUGGUCGGCAAGAGAUAUUCAAAGCACCGAAGCGACGCCACUGGGACCGUUCAACGGCAAGAACUUCUGUACCACCAUAUCUCCAUGGGUCGUCCCAUUAGAUGCACUGGAACUACUUCGGACGAAACCUGUGCCAUCGCAUACCUCGCUGUUACCCUAUCUGCAGGAAGCUCGCAAGGACACUGUUUAUGACAUCCCUAUCGAUGUCUUUCUUGAAUUGGAUUCCCAAGAGUAUCAUCUCGUUCAAGGUAACACAAAAAAUAUCCUUUUUUCGUUCGCCCAAAUGAUUGCCCAUCACACUGCCGGCGGAUGCCCUUUGAAAUCAGGAGAUCUCAUUGGGACUGGUACAUUAUCAGGUUCUACCCCAUCUGAACUUGGAUGCCUCCUGGAAGCCACUCGUAAUGGUUCACAACCACUAGAAGGAAGUACGCUGGAUGUACAUAAGAGAAAGAUUAGUCGGGCAUGGUUGGAGGAUGGAGAUGUCAUCAAAUUCAGGGUCGGGAACACUGGCAGCAACGGAAGACAUGUCGAUUUCGGCUGCUGUGAAGGCAAGGUUGUUCCGCAACCAUAG